AUGGCUAAUCAUUUAGUCACAUCCGUGUUAUCAAUGGGGUUGUCAAUCCUUUUUAUUCUUGGUGUCGUUGCUUUGGUGGCUAAACAUGGAACAAGUGACGACGAUGAUACUCCACUCAACAGCAUGGCAAUUCACACCAUCUGCAAACCCACCGAAUAUACAGACGCCUGCCAUGAUGCAUUAGAAGACGUCUCCAAGAACUCCUCAUCCACCAAAAAGGACUACAUUUUUGCUUCCUUCCGUGCCACCAUUGAUGAACUCAAAAUAGCCUCCGAGAAAGCCACUUCUCUCAGGAAGGAUUUGCAUGGUAAGAAGGAUGAUUACUCCAAGUAUGCUCGAGCUGACCUCAAGAAUUGUGAGACUUUGUUAGGCCAGGCCUCCGAUGAGCUCCAACAUCUUCUCCAAGUUGCAUCGAAGCAGAAACUAGCCGAUCUACCCGAUCAAACCGACCCUAUCCUUGUACGACUCACAGCCAUUCGUGCGUACCAAACCACAUGUGUCGAGGAGAUCAAAGAUGACAAGCUCAAAAACGAUAUGCAAAACGCAUUGGAAGCUGCCAACAAGAAUACGUAUAAUUCCGAAAAGAUCAUGUACAAUAUCCCAGAUAUCCUCAUGGAAUUUGGGGUUGAGUUGGAUCUUUUCCAUGGCGCGAUAGCUGGACACCGCAGGCUUCUUGACGACGAAGAAGAAGAACACGAGCACGAUGAAUAUGAACACAUAGAACAAGCAUAUUUCAAAACUCCUGAACCCGAAUCUAUUGAUGACAUAACGAACGUGAAACCCAAUGUGGUCGUGGCCCAAGAUGGUAGUGGUCAGUACAAGACCAUUAAAGAAGCCCUUGCUGCUUAUCCUUCUGAUCACAAAGGAAGAUAUGUGAUUCAUAUAAAGGCUGGUGAAUAUAACGAGGGCCAGAUCAUUGUAGAACAAAACAACGUUUUUAUGUAUGGUGAUGGUCAUGACAAGACAAUCAUUACAGGCAGCGAAAACUAUGCAUUCUCAAAGUGUGGAGCCUCCCAAACUGCAACAUUCAUUGCUCAAGGGGAAAGAUUCAUGGCAAGAGGUAUAGCAUUUAGAAACACCAUCGGCGAAUCAGGACUUGAGGCAGUGGCAUUCCGAUCUAUGUCCCCACACACACUAAUGGUAGACUGUAGUUUUGAGGGUUACCAGAACACAUUAUACUAUCAUGCACAUGAUCAAUUCUACAAGAAUUGCACCAUCUAUGGAACCGUGGACUUCAUCUUCGGAAGCGGAAGGGCUUACAUCCAAGACUCUGUGAUCUACGUUAGGAAACCGGGAAAGAACCAAAACAACACGAUACUGUCGGAUAGAAGAAUGAAAAAUGAAGAAAAAGGAGGCGUGGUGCUUCAAAAGUGCAAGAUCAAGGCAACGAAAGAGCUGAAGGCGGUGCAGGGACACGUGAAAACGUACCUGGGACGACCAUACAAGGAAUACUCGAAAGAAAUGGUGAUGCAAACGGAAAUAGGAAGCAUGCUUGAACCAGAAGGAUGGACGAAAAUGUAUGAGCCGGAGGGGAACAAAUAUCACGACACAUGUUCGAUUAGGGAGUUCUAUAACAAGGGAGCUGCUGCCAGUACGGAAGAUAGGCCCACGAAAUGGAAGGGUUAUAUGGUCAUCAAAUCUAAGAAGUAUGCAAAAGGGUAUUCUGCUGACAAGUUCAUACAUGCAGGAUCUUGGGUGCCUCAUGCUGGGGUUGAUGUAGAUCUCAAGCUUUAA